AAUCGCCGUUCCCCCGUCAAUCCUCCAUAUCGUGACUUUCUACCCGCAGCUUCCAUCCCCGCCGCCAAACCCUUAGCCGCCGUCGUAGCUGCUCAAACCCUUGACCUCCUUCACCGCCGGUCCAUCCAUUGGGCGCCACCACCCGAGCGCAGAGACAGGAUGGUCCCGUCUGAUCCGUCGCUGAUGAGUCGCUGAUCAUCGGAUCUGCGUGCGAUCCAGAUGAAUAAACACUAUCUGGACCGGCGAUUGCAAAUACAUAAUGUUCCCGUGUGAUCCCUCUGAGAUCAGCUGCUAUGGACCGGCGUGACCAUCCCAGGUGGUGAAGCGUCUUGUUCCCGGUGUCAGAAUAACCAUCAAGUGGCAACACUCAUCUCUUUUGCCUGCAAGCAUGUCAUUUUAAGUGCACAUAACUGACUCCCAGGUAUCUUGCAGGUGACUUCCACCCUACGAGUCUGGGGCUGGUGACGGCCCUCGGAGACGGUGUCAUCAGCAGCAGCAUCUGGCAAGUGCAACGACUUUGCAGCUCACAACUCCAGUUUCCAGCCUCAAAGUGACAUAAACAACAGGUGCGUAUGGGUAAUUCAAGAAGCAAGGCGGUUGAUCAGCAAACAGAAGAGGAUGUUACUACGGGCCUUACCAGCUCUACAAUAGUUGAAGAUAACAAUGCAAGCGUCUUACCCAGGUCUCAAAAUGUUGGGGAAAACUCAACGGUGGUUCCAAAUCCAUCGUUGUCUCUUUCGGACGGAGAUCAAAAUGUGGAUACCUUCACAACUCCUAAUCUACAUAAUUUGGAAAUUAACAAAUAUGUUAACGGCGGUGAACCUCCAAACGAAGAUAUCGAUGUUGCGACAAAGCUAACAGACGACAUCAGGUCCAUCGAUCGAAUCCAUAUAUCAAAUGAACAAUUGAACACAGAAAGGCCUGCAGCUUAUCAUAAGGAACCAGUCCAAUAUGAUGUUCAACAGACAUCAUAUCCGAAACCUGAUCAUCUGAAACUUAACAACGCGUGGAGGCGGGAAUCUUAUCGCAUUUGGUCGACACAGGGUUUGAUAAAAAAACAAGUCGAUAGCCAUAUGCUUCAACGUCGUACGCUAGGUGAUAUCAUGAAUGUUCGUCAACCUAAUCGUGUGAACUCGGAUAACUUGAAUGUCACUAAAGAAAAUACGGCAAUAACGGAAGAAGAACGCAAAAGAGAACAUAGAAACGCCCUGAGGAGAGCUUCUUAUCGGAGGAAAAAGGAACGGGGUCUCCAAGAAGUAGCAGACAACCAACCUAGCUCCGCCCAUACAACGUUAUCGCUGUCUGACACAGCAUUUACUGUUACAACUACGGAGACAUCCGGUCUGGUUAACGACAAUGAUCUACAUGACGUUGAGGAGACUAUACUUGAAGAAACUUGUCAUAUAAACGAGGAAGAUCGCAAGAGAGAUCAUAGAAAUGCACUAAGGAGAGCAGCUUAUCGGAGGAAAAAGGAAAAGAUGAUAGCAGACGAAAAUAUAAGUGCAAUAUCUAAUUCAGACUUAUUGCAUGAUGAUGCAACAUUACCCCCUAAGUCAUUAGACGCCUCCGUUCUUACCCAUGACAACGACCUAGCUAAGAGGAUACAGGGAAACUCUCGUAGCCAAGCAUGUUAUCAGAAGCAAAAUGUAGAACGGACAGUUGAGGAUAGAGAGGAUUUGAAUGGAAAUGUACGAGGGAAGCGCGUGCAGCGCCGCAAAAGCAUGUCGGAGAUUGACAUGGGGCAGUCAAGUGCUCAAAGGAAGGCCAGUUAUGCUAAAAGGAAAAACACCCCGUGCAAAGAAUCCCUCGCACUCCCACGUCCAGACAUUACUAACCUAAUAUCUGAUAGUCUCGCAAUUCCCCUUUCUCGGUCUGCCGAAGUUGAUUCAUCAGAUGGUGACCCUCCUCCUGUCAUGCCGAAUUACGGUGUUUGCACCAAUGACGACAUCGAUGUGUUAGCUGCGCCCAUCAUGGGCGAUGAGCCGACACCAGCCGAAUUGAUGGAUGAGGAGUACUACAUGUAUCGCGGCCAAGGAUCGGAUAAUGACACGUUCGAGGGUGACGAGGAAACGAGCAUGUCGUCUGUUAUACCUAGCGAGGUUGAUCCAUUAGACUGUGUGUACACAAACAUACCAGACAAGACCCACAUCCUGAAGCUCGAUGGAAACUGCACACACUGCAAUGCCAGAAAGUUUGUGUCUGAGACUGACAGAUUCUGCUGUCGCAAUGGACAGAUCGAGCUUAAACAGCCGGAACCAAUCCCAGAGCUUAUGAGGCUAUGGUCCAGCAUGGAUGCCGAUUCUAGACAUUUUCGUGAGAACAUACGGUUCUUCAAUGAGCAUUUCGCCUUCACAACCCUUGGCGUCAGCCUUGAUGAGAACUACACAAACAUGAAGUCUGGUGUGUACACAUUCCGGGCACACGGAACCAUCUAUCACAAUGUGCAUUCGUUUGGGCCUAGCUCACGUCCAGAACAUUUGCAGUUGUACUUCUAUGAUGAUGACCCAACCUUAACUCAUCGUAAGGCGGCCACAAAGCAAUUAGACCAAGAUGUUGUGAAGAAGAUAGUAGACAUACUUAAAGAAAACCCAUACUCCCAGCAAUUUAGGAGUUUGGGUGCGCACAAGGACAACCUUGAUGAUUAUAGGAUUAACCUAAACACCGAUAAGAGGCUAGACCAAAGAGUGUAUAAUAGACCAUUGUCAUCUGAGGUUGCUGCAAUUUGGGUUGAGGGCACCGACCUGGCAAAAAGGUUUGACAGGAGGAUAACACUUUAUGGCAACAACAAUGAAAGGCAUAGUAUACGCGUGUCAUCCGGAGCAUAUGACCCGUUGUCUUAUCCCCUAUUCUAUCCAAGGGGGGAAUUAGGUUGGCAUCCGAAACUACCUAAACGUAAUGUUCCUUGGGAGGCUGUACUACAUCCUCAACUGGUCCUUGAUGAUGAUGAUGAUGAUGAUGCAGAGGGUAAUAGCAGGUUGUGCGUCUCCGUCAGAGACUACUACUGUUAUAUGCUGCAAACACGACCUGCAAUCUUCAACCCUAUACUCUGUUGAGCACGACUGCUGCAGCAAUGGGCUGUCGACAUGUAUGUUAAGAUUGAGAGUUGUCGGUUGCGGUGGUAUAGGAA